GGGACGGGAUGGGGAAUCCUCGCCGUGCCCGCCCCUCCCGGUGGGGCUGCCCCGGGCACACCGGGGGCUGGUCCCCAGGGACCCCGGCCCGACUGUGCACCGGGGCCCGCUGCCCCUGGGGUCCCCGGCCCCAGGUGGGCACUGUGCGGCUGCACUCGUUUGUGAUGUCCGUUCCCGGGCGCUGCCCCGCCGGCGGCCGGUGCCGCGUUCGCCCGCAGUGUCCGGCGUCGCUCCGCGGGGACCGGGCUGCCCCGGGGAUGGGGGAAGCUCCGGACCGCGCUGGGGGCCGCGCGCGUGGCGGGGCCGGGAGAAGCGCCCGGUGAGCCCCGGGCUGGUGCGGGCGGCCGCCUCCCGAGCGGCUCCGUUCGGGACAGCAGCGGCGGCUCCAGAGCCGGCGCCUUGCCCGGGCUCCCCUCGCUCUCCGGCAUCGCCGCUGCGGGCGCUCCGGUGCCGCGCUCGCGCCGUCCCGAGCCCCGCGGGAGCGCGCCUCCUUAAGCGGGCGCGGGCGGCCGGGGCGCGCGGGGCCGGGCGGCCGCUCCCCCCCCCCCCCCAACCGGGGCCGCCUCAGGGACCGCCUCAGACCCCGGGGCCGCCGCUCGGCCACAGCCCGGCUCCCCAGCGAGCCCCGGGGGACGGGCGCUCAGGAUGUUCCCACAGGGACGGCUCCCGCCCCCGGUGCAGCCCGGGCAGCCCUUCAAGUUCUCGGUGCUGGAAAUCUGCGACCGCAUCAAGGAGGAGUUUCAGUUCCUGCAGGCGCAGUACCACAGCCUGAAGCUGGAAUGCGAGAAGCUGGUGAGCGAGAAGACAGAGAUGCAGAGGCAUUAUGUCAUGUACUACGAGAUGUCCUACGGCCUGAACAUUGAAAUGCACAAGCAGGCAGAGAUUGUCAAGAGGCUGAGUGCCAUUUGUGCCCAGAUUAUUCCCUUCCUGACGCAGGAGCACCAGCAGCAGGUCCUGCAGGCAGUGGAACGGGCCAAGCAGGUGACCAUGGGCGAGCUCAACAGCAUCGUCGGGCAGCAGCAGCUUCAGCACCUCUCGCAGCACGCAUCCCCCCUCCCGCUGACACCCCACCCCUCGAGCAUGCAGCCCCCCAGCCUGAGCGGGGCCGCGGGGCUCCUGGCCCUCUCGGGGGCACUGAUGGCACAGGUUCAGCUGGCCACCAAGGAGGACAGAGUGGCCCAGGAUGGGGAGAACAGAGAGCACACCCCAAGCAGGAGCGUUUCUUCUUCCCCUGCCGAGAGCCUGCAGGACGAGGAGCGCACGGGGCUGAAGAGGAAACGGGAGGAGAAGGAGCUGCCUGGGCAUUCUGACAGUGAUGGGGACAAGAGUGACUACAACCUGGUGGUGGAUGAGGACCCGCCCUCGGAGCCCGGCAGCCCCGGCCGCUCGCCCAGCCAUCGCCGGGCUCCGUCCCGCCGGGAGCUGCCCGGGAGCCCCGCGUCCACCGGCUCCGGCAGCACCGCGCCCGGCCGGGCCAAGGAGCAGAGCCCGCCCGACUCAGUGGCCAGCGCUCCCAGCUCCAAGCCCUCCUCUUCCUCACCACCCCAUGACUCCCUCACGCCAGGCCCCGGGCCCAGCUCGGCCAUCGCUCUCCGGCCACCCCCGGCCAAGGCCCCCAGCACCGACAGCAUCACUCUCCGCAGCCCCCUGAGCUCCUGCAGCCCCUACACAUCCUCCCUGGCCGUGGUGCCCCACGCCGCCCUCAGCGGGGAGCUCCCAGCCCCUGGCCUCUACAUGGGCAUCCACCUGUCAGUGCCCCAGGCCAGCAGCACGCUGCUCUACGGCCGCUCCCCCGGGGUGGCGUUUGAGUCUCACCCUCACCUGAGGGCUUCCAGCCUCUCCUCUUCGCUCCCCACCAUCCCUGGAGGGAAGCCUGCCUACUCCUUCCACGUCAGCGCCGACGGGCAGAUGCAGCCGGUGCCGUUCCCCCCCGACGCCCUCGUGGGCUCCGGCAUCCCCCGGCACGCGCGGCAGCUGCACACCCUGAGCCACGGCGAGGUGGUCUGUGCUGUCACCAUCAGCAACUCCACCAGACACGUCUACACCGGGGGCAAGGGCUGUGUCAAGGUCUGGGACGUGGGGCAGCCGGGCACCAAGACGGCCGUGGCUCAGCUGGACUGCCUGAACCGUGACAACUACAUCCGCUCCUGCAAGCUGCUCCCCGACGGCCGCAGCCUGAUCGUGGGCGGGGAGGCCAGCACCCUGUCCAUCUGGGACCUGGCAGCCCCCACGCCCCGCAUCAAGGCUGAGCUCACCUCCUCUGCCCCCGCCUGCUACGCCCUGGCCAUCAGCCCUGACGCCAAAGUCUGCUUCUCCUGCUGCAGCGACGGCAACAUCGUGGUGUGGGACCUGCAGAACCAGACGAUGGUGAGGCAGUUUCAAGGCCACACGGAUGGUGCCAGCUGCAUUGACAUCUCUAACUAUGGCACCAAGCUGUGGACAGGGGGGCUGGACAACACCGUGCGCUGCUGGGACCUGCGGGAGGGCCGGCAGCUGCAGCAGCACGACUUCAGCUCCCAGAUCUUCUCCCUGGGCUACUGCCCCAUGGGAGAGUGGCUGGCCGUGGGCAUGGAGAGCAGCAACGUGGAGAUCCUGCACGUCACCAAACCCGACAAGUACCAGCUGCACCUCCACGAGAGCUGUGUCCUCUCUCUCAAAUUCGCCUCCUGCGGGAAGUGGUUUGUGAGCACGGGGAAGGACAACCUGCUCAACGCCUGGCGGGCGCCCUACGGAGCCAGCAUCUUCCAGUCUAAGGAGUCCUCGUCAGUCCUGAGCUGUGACAUCUCUCUCAAUGACAAAUUCAUCGUUACGGGCUCUGGUGACAAGAAGGCCACAGUGUAUGAGGUGGUUUACUGACUCCUGUCGCCAUCAGGAAUGGGGACACACCUUGCCCAGUGCCACCAUGGCUCACAGAAGCCUCCAGUGCUGGACCUGCCCUCCUGCAGCUCUACUCUUCCUCCUCCUCCACUGCUUUCAGACACCAAACCAAGGCCUUGGCCCCAUUCUCCUGCCCGGGUUCCUGCAGGAGGCUGGAGGUGAGGGCUGGGUGUAGCCUGGCAUCCCCUGAGCUGGGCAAGGGCUGGGCUGGACAUCCUGGGCCCUGUCUGUCCUUCAGGCCAGCUGCACAGGGAGCUGGACAAAGCCCGAGAGCGUGUGUCUCCUGAAUUACUGCUACUGACUUAACAGCACCCAUUUUCUGCUGCAGAAACAGCUGUAAAUUAUCACUAAAGAAAUGUAUUUAAGUAUGUUUUCAAUCCCUUACUAAUAAAAAGGAACAAAAGAA